AUGGAUCGCAUGACUAGAGAAGGCCGCCAGGCUGAACAGGCCUGGGUGGUCUUGGCGUUGCUUUUUCACGUGCUCAACGUCUUGUCUAACGGCACCGCCGGCAGGCUUCAAUACUUUUGUGCUCGCGCGGAAGAGUACCAACCGCCACGCAAACAUUGGAAGGAGUUUAUCAUUGAAGACGCUGCAAAGGACAUUGAGGAGCUGGACGUUGGAGAUAUUAACGACGACCAGAUCGACCUGCCUCCAGAUUUUCCCCGGAGCGCAUCUCCAGCAGACUCGUUUCGAAUUGAUAUGGACGAUGAAGGUGACUGGGCACAAACGAUGGGCACACACUUUGGAGAACACUUGCUUAUUGUCAAUCUAAGGCUGGACGGCGAAUUCGAGCUGUACGGAGACCCUGACUUCACAGGAGCCGUUCUCAGUAAAUGGGUGGCGAUGCUGAAGAAUGCAAAAGCUGAUGUCCGGGUGUAUUCGGUCGAGUCAGCCCGAGCAAUUAUCAAUCUCCGAAAUACUGCGGAUAUCGGUAUUGUGCGGCGCUUUCUAGCACAGCAACCCGAUGUUGAUUACUGGACGAUAGAUGGGAAUCGCUUCUUCCCACCCGGGCGAUCAGAGCCGUAUCUCACCGAAGGCGAGAGGGCAAAGAGAAUCAGAGCGAUGUACGAAGGCGACCCCUUGUUCGAUAACAAAAAGAAAGACGAGUUAUGAAAGCGCUUCGAGAAAUUCCAAUGAAUAUAUGCUUUCUGCCCCGACAGGCAGAGAAAGCAUUUUAUUUGCUGAACAGAACUGAUGCCUUACACACCGUGUGGCAGAGUCAGUCCUAUUGUUUGGUUUGUCUUAUCUUUCGCAGCAAAGCAGAGCUGCAGCCUCCGACAAAUCAUCUGUCGGACGUAUCAACUACAACUUACUCGUAGCAACGCUGAGGGAAUGAAUCAGGAUGUGCUCGCCUGUGUGGCGUUUACGCACAGGGGAAAUCGUUAGUCCAAGUGUCACAGGAAGUAGCAGUGGCAAAUUACUAGAUUGAUUGGACAUCGGUGCGUGAUCCAGUGAGGACAUUUAUCGUUUGUGAGUCCCUCGCUUCAGCUGGCAAGUUUUCACGUGCUUUGCACACGGCAACACUGAUGCCAGAAUGGAGCACUACUAAUUAGCAAAGCACGCAGCAGGGGGUGAAUCCAAUGAUCUCUAAGCACAAGAUGCGUUCAUCAG